UUGAAGUAUUCCUGUUUUCAUCACUUUGCAAUUUUUAGCGUUUCUAUUUUCAGCGUGUUCAAAGUGGAAAGUGGUGAAGCUCGCGUACCAGCGGAUUUCUGCUCCGAUCGGCUCCACGAUCACUUUAUCGAUCGAAAACACGGCGGUAUACCGGUGAAGAAUCCUGUAUCGUUACCGACAACCCCUACCAUUGGUAGUGGUUGUAUCUCGGUCGGAGGAUCAACUGUGCAAGACGACGAUUCUUUGACUGCACUCUUAGCACCCCCGCCUGAUCCACCAAGUGAUAUGCCCAGCUACCGGUAUGAACACCAUCGCGAUCAACGUCGGUCACCUACCCAUUCAAGACGUCGUGAGCGCUCCCGGGAGCGAUCACAAGAAAGAUCCCGACACAGAAAGUCAUCAAAGUACGGCUACGACAAAGGGUCUUCUCGAAAGAAGGAAAGGAAGGAACGGAAACAGAGUGCGUCAUCAGAUUCCUCAAUGUCGUCUAGUGAGGACUCGUCUUUGACGCGACUCCGAUCGGCUUCAAACGAUAGCCGUGCGUCGAGCCCGUUGUCGUACAGUCAGCGGAAUAAAGACAGACGACGUGAUGAGAGACGUGAAAUCCGCAGCGAUCGAAAUGUUAACGGCAAGCCACGAAAUACAUCUUCAUCGCGACGUAGUCCAUUUGAAGUUUCGAAAUGGUCAGAUCGGAAAACAACGCGACAUUCCCCCGCUGUGGAAGAAAGGCUGCCGCAAACAAUGCAAGCAUCGAGUGUUAAUGCGGCAAUUGGCACAAUUACGCCAACUCCUGACGAUCGAAAAAGUGGGGAUAGUGGGUUCUACGAUGAUGUUUCACGACCACCGCUGGAUCCUCCACCUGCACCACCUCCAAUGGAGACGUUGCCGCAAAUCCCGUCACCUCCUCCAGCAGAUCCUCCAGUGAGGAAGAAACCAUCUCCUCGAUCGAAUUCCCACUCACAACAUUGCACUCCCCAUUUCGUAUCGCCUCCGUCUACUUCACGGCACGAUUCCUAUUCCAGCCGCCACCAAUCUCAUCAUUUCGGACAGGAACCGCAGUCGAUUUCUGCACAACAUCGACAUCAGUCCUUGUCAUCUGGACCAGGUCCUUCGUCAGGUACACCAUCCAAUUACAACACCUCCAGUCAUUCCCAGAAACGUCACUCCAUAGACGGACAAAGUUCCCACACACGUCCGCAUUCAACAUCACAGCCAUCGACGCAUAGAUCCCGAACAGGGAAAUGGCCAUGGAAUGAUCUGCUUCGAAAUCCUUGUGUUUUCCCAGAACUAGCAAGCACAUCUUUGUGUGAUCCACGGCGAACUCACGGUGAAUCUUCGCGAAUGAUUUCAUCACAUUUGCCCUUGCCACCUUUCGCCAGUUCGGAUCGCCAUCCACGUUCAGUGGCGGGUGAGUGGCGAAAACGAUCAUCUGGAAGUGCUGCGAGCACCGAGGGAGGCUAUUCCGUUUCACAACGUCGAGCUAGUGGUGGUUCGGGAAUUAUUCCUGGCACUCGUCCCCUCGCCAGCUCCUCGUCUGAAGAACGGCCUUCUCACUUACAUACACCUGUUUCAACGCAAGCGGCGCCGGCACAUGGUACGGUAUCCCGUAGUCCAAGCAGCAGUGGUGGGAGUGGUGGCAUGGAUAGCGACGCCCAACUUUCACCAGAUGCAGCUCCGCUUCCACCACCACCUCCUUCUGCUUUGGAUCUCCUUUGUGAACCUGAUGACGUGCCAAUUUUGGCCGAUGCAUGGACUGGGCGCCUUGCUGAGAUUGGUUCUCGUCUUACCGAUGUGAAUGCGUCACUGGAAGAAGCCCACCGAGGCGUGGCCGAAUUAGAUGACCAACAUCAUCGUCAUCCAUCGACAUCCCUGGUGACGGAAACAACUCCAACGUCGUCUCGCCAUAAACAGUCGGGUGCUUCGUUAACCACACACCGUACAGACUCAUUUGAAGAACGACUGCGGAGUAUAAAUCAGAAGAAGAAAUCAUCGUUUGACGACUUCACUUUGAAUAUCACGCAGGAACGGAUACUUGCUGCGAAGGCUUCCGCACCGGAUCCGCUAAGUGUUUCUCCAUUUCCGGUGAUCUCAUCGGGAAGCGGCUUAUCAUCCAGUGGAUUCAGUAGGAAUGCAGGAACACAUCGACCUGCUCUUUCAAUCACUAUUCCUCAACCCGGAAGUGCUUCACAGAGUGCGGCCACAACUCCAGCAUCAACGCGAAUUGAUUCUCCUCUGUCGUCGCGCAAAUCUGGAGCUCCAUGCAGUGGCGCAUCAUCGUCACGACCACCUGCAUCAGCGCACGUAACAUCCGCGUCGACUCCACCAGUUCGCCUUGCAGCACCACCAACAGCUCCGCUGAUAGCAUAUCCUCCGAACUUCUCGGUUCCACCACCAAAUUUCUCUUCAUCAGCCACUUCAUCUUCCGCUUACGCGUUAUCUACAACACCAGAAUCACAAACAUCUCCCAUCCUUUCUGCCCCUCCUCCUCCGCCUCAGCUCCCGCCAACAACACAGGAAUCGACUUCAAAUCGAGAAGCCUCGUCCCUGAAGAGUCCGACGUCGGCUCCCGGAACUUGCCCUCUGUCUAAACCCAGUACUCCAGCUGUGACAACAAGUGCGCGAUCAUCGCAUGCUUCUUCAACGCAGCCACAUACGUCCUCAGUUACCACCCCGCAUCACAACACUCAUGGUGCGACGAGCUCUUCUCAUACUUCAUCUCACCCUCCAACCCAACAGCAAUCACAUCAUGGAACAUCUCAUUCGACGCAAGCAACGCCGAAGUCAUUUGGCAACAAGAUCCUGCAACCAUCCCAACGGACAGGCGAAAAACAUACCCCUCAACGUCACGAUUCAAUGUCUGCGCUAAAAUCACCGGUACCUGGCUCAGCUCCAUCAUUGACUGGAAGAUCGUUGUCGGUUUCGGAUGCACGUAAAACAGGAGCAUCAACAGUUGCUCACAAGGAUCCGUCAACAGAACUACUAGCGGAACUGUUCCACAACAAGCCCCCGACUACGGACUUCCGAAAGUUACCAAAGAUCGAGAAAAAGCCCUCUGCUGUGCUAGCGCACCCUGAAAAGGAUCAUCAUGCUCAUGAACAAUCCAAGAAACAUUCUACAAGCCUGGAUCAUCACAAAAAGGAGAAGGAACAUAAAAUGCGUCGCAAGGACGAUGGUUCAUUCGAGACGAAGGAAGAACGAGCAAAACGAAAAGAAGCUGAGAGGACAAAGAAGGACCGUGAGAAGACGAAAGAUCAGAAGCGAGAUAAAAAGAAAGCAUUCAGCAAGCAGUUGGCUCAUCUCGUCGCAGAAGACAGUGGUUCGAGUUGUGCUGGAGCCAGUGGAGGCUUGUCUAUGUACGAUCGUGUGAAAAGAAGAAGCUCUGCUGCUAAUAAGGACGAUGGCACCAAGAAGACUGCUGCGCUUCAGCGUUUACGAGACAAGAAUAACGAGCGGAAGAACCAAAAAGUGGGCUCAUUUUAUUGCUCGUUUGCUUUGAGUCCGUUGAUGAGUCCAUUCUUUCAGCGCCACCGCAUCCAGCUGGACUCUUCUGAUGAGGAAGAUGAAUGUCCUAAACCAGCACGAAAACCUACCGAGUUCGAACCAGACGACUCGUCUGAUGAGGAAGAGGAGGUCGCACGGGCUGGGAAGAGUGCUAACGGCAACAGCAGCGACGAAGAGGAGCUUAAAAAGAAACCGGAUUACUCUACGGAUGAGUCGGGAGAAUCUGAUGCAGGAGACCGCAAGCAGCACAGAAGAUCAACGAAGAAAGCUUCAGAAAAGCAUAAACAUGGCAAGAACAUCAACAUGGAAGAUGUCUUUGGCGCAGAUAGUACUGAUAAUGAGAAAUCUUUAUCUAUUGAAGAAAAAGAGAAGAAGCGAAAGAAGACCAAGAAGGAUUCCUCUGAUGAGAACGAAGCUCCAAAGAAGAAGCUCACAAAAUCUGACAAACUUGAUUUCGAAUCAAUCUUUGGUCCUGAUAAGGCGGAGAAAGCGCGGAAAAAUGAGAAAGAACGCAAGGAGAAGCUAAAAGAGGCGGAACUGAAGAAAAAGGAUAAGAAGGAGAUGCCCAAGCGUAAAGGUGAUAGUCAUGAGUCAAAGCCUGCUAAACGGACCAAGAAAAGUCAUCAGUCGGAUGAGUCAAGCGCUUCCGAGAUGGAUACGCAGAGUGUGGUAGUAAAGAUUGAAGAGGAGCACAGCCAGUGCUCUACUACGAGCGAGAAGAUUGACGAGCCUACAAUCAAGGAAGAGCCUGUAGAAGUCAAAGUAGAAGAAGAAGAUAUCCCAAUGGAGACAGAGGAAGUUUCCGAGCAAGUGAAAACGGAACAUGAACCGGAAGAGGAGGAUAAGGAAGCUCACGUUCAACACCCUCAUCCAGAAACGGAAAGCGAAUCCUCUAAACCUCCUCAGCGCGCUGCAUCCACAGGGGCAGAACAAACUCGUCCAAAGCUUCUCACGAAAGCUGCGAUGAAGAUCUUUGUGCCAAGUCAAUCUACCAUCGCCACUUCAACCGUAUCUGCCACACAGCCUUCGACCGAAGCGGAUUCGGACGACGAGUCGACGGACUACGACGACGUCUUCGCGAGUGCACUAUCAGCACCAGCUACCAACCAACAAGAUGCUACUACGACCAGUUUUCUGCCUCCAGUUCGUCGAGUAAGCACCAGUAGCUCUGGCGCAACUGAACCGGAUGAAGUCAGUGAGUCUGAUUCCGAUUCGCAGCGAUCUCGACAUCGAGCUGUUGAACUUGUUGAUGCUGCGGCUGGUUAUGCGAGCGUCCCCGAACCACCUGGUACGAAUGUCGAUGAGGCGACAACAUCGUCCGAUGAAUGCUCUGCUACGAAGGCAUCUAUGACGGUGACAUCCUUGCAAGAACCGCCACCGACCAGUAACAGCGACAGUGUGAAGGAUACCACAGAGCACAACAGUUCAACUCCCUCCAGCACCAGUUCAACUUCCUCCAGCCCAGUUCAACUUCCUCCAGCACCAGUUCAACUUCCUCCAGCUCCCGAACCAACAGUGACACCAUGUGAGCAGGCAUCAAUCGACGAGGAAGCGAAGAAAACCGCUCGAGGACUUUCCGAUGUUCAGGAAACUGAAGAUGCGGUGAAGUCCAUUUUUGACGGCGAUGAUGAAGAGGAAGAGCCGCAAUAUCCGACGCUGGUGUUUGUUCCCGGAAAGAAUGGAGCGGUGGUUGCAUCAGCAGGUUUAUCGAGUGCAGGUGAAGCUCCCCUGGCAUCUACCAGCGUAGCAGUCACCAACGAGGAAACGAAUCGAGCCACAAGUGCCAUCGCUGAUGUCGACGAUGAAGCUGAAAUUAGCGGCAUCGCCUCAGGAGAUGUGUCCGAUGAGCAGUUGUUACGCGAAUCAUUCGUUGAAGAGCCAAUUUUGGAAGAAAAACCUGCUGCGGAAAAGAACGCGGAGACGACCGAUGUGCCCAAGGAGGGACCAUCUGCUGAUCCUGCAUCUAACGUGAUUGUGAUUGAGGAUGAUGACAUCGUGGAGAUUCCGACUACCAGCAGUAGUUCAAUAAAGGAACAACAUCCCGUACAUACUUCCAUCUCCCAACCGAUAACCGCCAACAUCACAGCGCCCAUUACUGUGGCGAUUCCGGAGCCCCGGAAGGCUUCCACGCCUAUGCAGUCGCCGAAAACGGUCACGAAUCCGGAACAAUCUGGCUUUAUUCCACCACAAGUCGUUCACCCCGUGAAAGCUUCCCCUGUACCAUCUUCGGAAUACGUAUCGGUGCUACCUGCCGCAUCACCCGUCUCGGGUGGCUUGACCCAGGGCACGCCUGUGGUAUCCCAAGCGGGAAUGCAUCCAUUGUAUAACCGGUUCCAACAACCAUCGUUCACGCACGCU